GUGCUGCAGAGUGUGAGCAGCUCUUACAGCGAGCGUGAGGUCAGCUGCACUGUGAGGACAGAAGACCGCUGCAGUGCAACAGAGCCUCACGCCGGCGCUGCUUCCUCUGCUCCCCAUGGCCCGCGGGCCGCUGUGGACUCACCCCCCCUGCUCGCCAUGAGCCACAACCCGUUAACGGUGCUCGCACUGGGAGUUCGAGGAAGGACGCGGGUCCGAGACGUCCUGGUUGUUCUCACCCCCUGUGGAACAGGGCCCUGCCUCCAAGGCAUCACAGGGAAGUGCUGUCCUAGCCAUCAGCACAGCACAGAGGUCAUCGCAGAGGUUAGAGGAGGUAGAUGCUAGUGGCCCGGGCGAACGAAAGCAGCACAGAGGUCAAGGUGUCCUCUGCAAGCAGGCCUCGCCCUGAAGGGGUUGUCUGCUGACAGGACGAACCCUGAACUGCGGAAAUGAAGCACUUUUCCUGCUUGGUCCCCUUGACUGAAAUUUAUCUCUGGUGGAUGGUGAUGGUGUAUCUUUCUGGGAACAGUGUGAAAGCGGGAGAACUGCUGGAGCCCUGUGGUGGAAGAGACUGCUCUGUGUGUCAGUGUUUCCCAGCCAAGGGAUCAAUGGGAACCCCAGGAAGACCGGGAUCACAGGGGCCCCGGGGCCCCACUGGUUUCCCCGGCCCUCAGGGGGCCCCGGGAGAAAAGGGACAGCACGGGGACAAUGGCUUCCCCGGGACAUCAGGAAUGAAAGGGGACAUGGGUAGGAUGGGUUUGCCUGGAUUUUCUGGGAUCGACGGUUUGCCGGGUCAUCCUGGGCCAGGGGGGCACCCAGGACUUCCUGGUCUAGACGGCUGUAACGGGUCGAGGGGAGAGCCCGGUUUCCCUGGACUGCCUGGACGGGAUGGACCUCCUGGGAUAUCUGGCAUUCCAGGGCGGAAGGGGUCCAAGGGAGAGCCUGUCCAUUACUUCAACAUGCUCCCUGGUCUUCCUGGUGACCCUGGGCCAGCAGGGCGUGCCGGGCAACCUGGACCACCCGGCACUGCUGGCUCCAUGGGCCCCAUGGGACGCAUCGGUUUCAAUGGAUUCGAAGGCCCGCCUGGUGUUCCUGGACCGAGAGGUGAACCUGGAGACAUGGGCAGGCCACUUAAAGGAGACAAAGGAGAGGAAGGAGACCCAGGGCCCAAAGGCGAGCCAGGACCCUUUGAGACUGUUCAGCCACCAGAGGAUCAUCACAAACGAGGAGAAAAGGGGCUGAAAGGUUAUAAGGGAUUGUGUGGUGUCAGCGGCAGAGAUGGAAGAGACACCCCCCCAGGACCGAAAGGAGAAAAGGGCAUUGUGGGAUUUCCUGGAGAGCGGGGCCCGCCUGGAUAUAGUGGGUCUCCUGGACUACCUGGAGAAAGGGGUUCAGGUGGGACUUUUGGACUUCCAGGUCUGAUCGGCAACCCAGGGCCCAAGGGCAUCAGAGGAGACCCCGGGGAGAAAGGACGCCAAAUGUUCCAACAAAACGAUUGCACAGGGAACAGCGGUGACCCUGGCCCCCCUGGGCCAAUGGGUGCCCAAGGGAGCAGGGGGGAGAUGGGGAUGCAUGGGGUGCCUGGGUCUCCUGGUGUGACAAUUGUGGGGCCCAAGGGCCAGCCAGGAGCUCCAGGCCCCACUGGACCCAAAGGGAUGAAAGGAGACCCUGGGAGGUUCUAUGUGAAUGGGCCAACACCCGGAGAGCCUGGGAAACAGGGGCCCAAAGGACCAAAAGGGGCCAUAGGCCAACCUGGAAAUCCAGGCUUUGGAGGGUAUUACUGUGUGCCUGGCCUGACGGGAGACCCUGGUGAAGAUGGAGAUAAAGGUCCACCUGGACCUUCCGGGGACAGUGGCAUGAAAGGUGACAACGGAGACUGUGAAUGUGGGGGUCCCAUGAAUUUGAUUGGAAACACUGGGCCUAUGGGUCCACGGGGCCCACCAGGUUACCGAGGCCCCCCUGGAAGUACAGGGAGGAAGGGCAAUGUAGGCGAGCUGGGGGACCCUGGAGAAAGGGGGACACAAGGCUUCUCGGGAUUUCCAGGGCAUCGAGGUGAAAAGGGUCAGAAAGGUGACCUCUUCAUCGUUGACAUUAAAGGUCCGAAAGGUGACCAAGGGCCCCCUGGCCCCCCUGGCCCUUUGGGAUUUUUUGGCAGACCUGGGGAGGAAGGGAAGCAUGGUGAAAUUGGGAGCCGUGGCCCUGAGGGUGAUAGUUCCCCGGGGUUUCCUGGUGACAGAGGGUAUACGGGUAAUCCUGGGGAAAAGGGACCCCCUGGUCUAGUGGGCCCCCCUGGCAUUGGUAUCAUGGGCCCUGUGGGCAAGCGAGGACCGCAAGGAGAGGAGGGCCCCCUAGGACUUACAGGACCCCCUGGACCCAAAGGUGUCCAAGGUGACUCACAGCCCUGCAUGCCCAGCGAUCCUGGUCCUUCUGGCCCGAAGGGUCUGCCCGGUACCCCAGGGAACAGAGGGGCACCAGGAAGUGAGGGGUACCGCGGGUAUCCUGGGCUAGACGGGCCCAAGGGGGAAAGGGGACAGCCUGGGCCUUGUUGUGUGAGCGGUCCGAAAGGAAUGCCCGGAUGGGUAGGAGAUGUGGGAGACCCAGGCUCUGAAGGGCUGAGCUAUGAUGGCUUUCCGGGAGAGCGGGGCGAGCCUGGUCCACCAGGGUUCCAGGGCCCGACAGGAGACUCUUUAAACGGUGCAUCCGGGCCUAUGGGGCCCAAAGGAAUACAUGGCUUUUCUGGUCCCAAAGGAGUUCCGGGGCCUCCAGGUCCAACUGGAGAAGCAGGUGCCCAAGGGUCCCCCGGCCUGCCUGGGAGAAAGGGGCCACAGGGGGACAUAGGGGAGGAGGGUGAGCCAGGCCCCCAAGGCCCAACACCUCCAUGUAACAUGGGAGGGCCAGGAACCCCAGGCUCUAAUGGAUUAGAAGGUGAUCGAGGCCCUACAGGUUAUCAGGGUGAUAAAGGUGAUCUGGGAGACACAGGGCCCCCCGGGUAUGGUAGGAAAGGACGCCCUGGGCAACCGGGCCGCCCGGGGCAGCCUGGGUGCCCUGGACAGCAGGGCCCCGCAGGACCUACAGGGGACCCUGGACUCCAGGGCACGCCGGGACAGAAGGGCUUUCGUGGAGUCCCUGGUGGAGACGGGCCGCCUGGUGGCCCUGGACAGAUAGGGCCACCUGGAAGUCUGGGACAAAAAGGGGAGAGAGGGUUCAAAGGCCGUGAUGGCUGGUGUGGGGAUGAUGGACCGAAAGGAGAAAAGGGCCGCAAAGGGGAUCCGGGCCCUCCUGCACCCCCGCGAAUCAGCAGGAUUAAGGGCUGCACAGGCGGCCCUGGAAGCCGUGGCCCUCAGGGCUUCACUGGAAGAAGAGGUGAUAAGGGCUGGCCUGGAGAUAUUGGUGACCCUGGGUAUCCCGGUUGGGACGGCCCACCAGGUUUUGAGGUGGGCCCACGAGGACCACCUGGGAAGAGUGGGCGUAAUGGUGGCCCUGGCCCACCUGGGCCCACUGGUCCUAGGGGACUCACUGGUUUCCCUGGAGACGCCGGUGACCAGGGUGAUCCUGGGCGCAGUGGAUUUCCUGGUAAUCCAGGCCCCCCCGGAGCCAAUGGCAUUAAAGGAGACAGAGGGGACUCUUUGGGUGCUCCCGGUCCACCUGGCGACAGAGGACCGCCUGGUGAUAAUGGACAACGUGCUCCAUCAGGUGAACCAGGUGAUGAUGGUGACCCAGGAAUGCCUGGUGCCCCAGGGUGCAGGGGCCAUCCUGGUCCGAAAGGACACACGGGCCCUCCAGGGCCCCCAGGUGCUUGCGGGCCUCCAGGGCCUUGUGGAGAAACAGGGGCUGAAGGGCCAAUGGGCCAGCCUGGAUAUCCGGGGCCCAGUGGAAACCCAGGAUACCCUGGAAUCAGAGGCCCUCCUGGACCCCCUGGGUUACACGGUCUAGAUGGUCUGAAGGGGGUGAAAGGGGAGAAGGGGGUCAGAGGACCAGGUAUCCCAGGGCCCCCAGGAUCCAGAGGCUACCUAGGGGAAAAGGGCCCUUGUGGUUCCCCGGGCCUUCCUGGGCCCUCCCAACCAGGCCCAAAGGGUUCCCAGGGUCAGCUGGGGUGUUCUGGUGCCCCUGGACCACGUGGACCUACUGGUCCACCAGGCAAUGACUGUGUAGAUGCCAGACGAGGGCCUUAUGGAGAGAUGGGCUUCCCUGGACCAGAUGGUCCACCAGGGCCAAUGGGUGAAAUCGGGGCCCCUGGUCCAUCUGUACCGAUCCCGGGAGACCAGGGGGACCCUGGUGGACAAGGAUGCAAAGGGGCCAAAGGAAUAGCAGGCCCUAUAGGCUCCCCAGGACCUCCUGGGAUUCCAGGACUGUCAGGCCCCAAAGGUGAGAGAGGAUCUCCUGGGUUAAUAGGGUAUCCAGGACCCCCUGGCCUCCCUGGCACACCUGGUGCCCCUGGGUGCAAGGGACAAAAAGGGUUCACAGGACAACCGGGCCCCAUGGGUCCUAAAGGCGAGGUUGUGCCCCCACCACCUCCACCUCACCCACUUGGGAUUCCAGGGCCCCCUGGCCCGCCGGGGCCUUUGGGUAUUCCUGGCAAACCUGGCCCCCCAGGGAGAGAAGGGCAUAGAGGAUUAAAGGGAUCGGUAGGGUGGCUUGGGUUCCCGGGAUUAGAGGGGCUUCCAGGACCACCUGGACCUGUAGGAGAUGCAGGCUUGCCUGGAGAGCUGGGACGCCCUGGCCAGCAAGGUCCCCCUGGUCCCAUGGGGGAUCGCGGAUAUCCAGGCCCAACCGGGAGGUCUCGCGCCGCCUUCCUUUUGGUGAUGCACAGCCAGUCAGACGCCAUUCCCCAGUGUCCGGCGGACAUGAUCACGCUGUGGAGUGGCUACAGUCUGCUGUACCUGGAGGGACAGGAGAGAGCGCACACGCAAGACCUGGGCCACGCCGGGUCGUGCCUGAAGGUCUUCGGCACGAUGCCGUUCGCUUCCUGCAGCAUGGCGUCCUGCGACUACGCCAGCAGGAAUGACAAGUCGUACUGGCUGUCGACCACAGCGCCGGCGCCGGCCACGCCCGUGUCGGGGCCGCAGAUCCAGCGGCACGUGAGCCGCUGCGUGGUGUGCGAGGCCCCCUCCCCCGCCGUGGCCGUGCACAGCCAGGACACCAGCGUCCCCGCCUGCCCCAACAACUGGAGGAGCCUGUGGAUGGGCUACUCCUUCCUCAUGCACACGGGGUCAGGUGACGAGGGGGGCGGGCAGUCGCUGACGUCUUCGGGGAGCUGCCUGAAGGACUUCCGCCGGCAGCCCUUCAUCGAGUGCCAGGGCCCGCGCGGCACCUGCCACUACUUCGCCAGCGCCUACAGCUUCUGGCUGACGCACGUGGGCAUGGCCGAGCAGUUCAGCCCCGCCCCCCCGAUGAGCACGCUGAAGGAGGAGUGGGAGCAGCGCCAGCGCACCAGCCGCUGCAACGUCUGCAUGAGGGAGUGAAGCCUCCGCUGCCACGCCCGCGGUCUCGGACCCGCCAGCCGCACCCGAGGCCCGCUCCUGCCCACAUUCCUGUGAGAACUGCACUGAAAAUGCACGCCGAGUGAUCACCUGAACGGCGGUGAGCACACCGAUUGGUUACCCGAAAGGCUGUGAGCACACUGAUUGGUUAUCUGAGAAGCAGUGAGCACACUGAUUGGUUAUCUGAGAGGCUGUGAACACACCGAUUGGUUAUCUGAGAGGCUGUGAACACACACUGAUAUUUACCUUCCUUUAUAAUGUGUUGUAUCUAAGUUCAUUCAAUGAACCUACUUGACAAGACUUGUUUUUUUUUAGUGUAAAAAAAACAACAAUAGUGAUAUAAUAGUAUUGCAUACAUACAGUUAUGCAUAUUUCUAUUGGCUUGGAGCUCCACAGUCAGUAAGGCAAGCUCCCAUUGGAGGAGAAGCCCAAUGGAGACCGCUGGGACACAGGUCAGAGAGCUGUGGCUGCAUUCCGUUCUGCUCCCUCACCCCUGCACCCCACGGCGAGUGACUAUGAAGCACACUGAAACAACACUUUAAAAUGCAACCGAAUCAAUGAAAUACUGUACCAGGGUGUUUAAGGUGGUAUCCGUAUGAGAGCACUUUGAAAAAUGUUUGCAAUUUUAAUCGUUUACCAUUAAUCUUAUAUAGAUAAUUCAUUUUUUUGUUUAAGCAAGUAAUCCAAAAUCACCACAAGAGGUCUGUAAGCCAUUUCUUUCUGUGUUGUCCUUAAGAGACUUGUUUUUAAUUUUCACAUAGUGGUCUGUGCAGGUGAAACUGAGAAAUCCCUUUCUGUGGAUGAACAUGGAUCUUGACACUCAGUCAAACUGGGCAGACCAUCACUACCUUAACACUUUUCGGGGGUCCUUCUUAUGGUGGUCUUGCCCUUUGCUCGCCCCAUUCCGACAGCCGAGUGUGGGUCAAGGGACCAGUUUGGAAUGCAGCCCAUCUCUAAACACUGUCCGAACGUGUGCGCGCUCCACUGAAUGCGUUCAUAUGCAUGUGCUCACCUGUGUGUUUCAUCUGUAGCCUGUAAACUUCAUUGCCAGUAUCCAUCUCAGUUAUAAUUUUUCCUCUGAGUCCCAGUACCUACUGCUAGCACAUUCAAAUUCAGUACGUUGUAUAUGAUGUGUGUACAUGUUGACGUAACGUGCAUUGACAGCAUCUGAUUUGUACAGCAUUUGGAAUUGGAGCUGUUUUGUCAGGUUUCAGUCACACGUUCAACUGCAGGGAUCCCCUUGCAUACUUGCACAAAUGCGAACAGUAUUUUAAAAGACAUUAAUAUUUUAUUCUUCUGCCUUUUCUGCCUCAAUUACAUGUAUAAGGGGCAUAGUCUGCAUAGUCUGACACACAGGUGUCAGGUGAAGUCCACCAUUUUUGACG